AUGCAAGAUAGGAUGCUCAGGAUUUUGCUUUUAGUUUCCCUCGCUGUAUGGUUAAGUGGGCUGCUAUGCCCAGCCGAGGCCAAAGGGACAUAUUUCCCACCUCCUGCCACAGGAAGGUUCAUUCACAGCUUGUAUACACCAAGCUCUCAUCCUCAGACCUAUGGCAAACCCAUUACCAAGCACAGAAAUUACUGCGUCUAUGUGGUGGAGAGGAACGUGACCUGCACACAGCAGGAUGGCACAGAACCGUAUAUCAAGGCUGAGUAUCUCAAGUGCAGCUGGGGACCCAAAUGCCCAGGAACCGUUGUGUACAGGACACUUUUCAGGCCUAAGUAUUAUAUUGGGUACAAGAUAGUGACUGAACUGCAGUGGCGCUGUUGUCCUGGACAUUCAGGGGAUGCCUGCCAAGAUGGUCCUCUGAUUCAGCCAGCAUAUCAUCCACCUUACAUGGGCCCCAAGGCAGCCCCAGGACAGAAGCUGUUCCCUCCACCAAAGACUCCCCCUUCCUAUCCUAAACUGCCACCUGAAACUCUUCCAGAUCCACCAAUAUCACCUAAGAAAAGUGGCUAUGGUAGAAAAUUGUCCCCUAUAUUUGGAGAACGUUUAGAUCGUUUGGAAGAAGAGGUCAGACGUUUGUCUCAGUCAUAUGACAGCUUACAAGGAAUAGUAAGCGGUUUGGGAGACUCUCUACGUCUUGCCAUACAGGAAGACACCAACAAAAUGAUUGGUUCAUUAGUCAGCGGGCCUGGUUCUUCAUCACAGUCAUCUGUUGGCUUUGGGGUGAUUCCAGAUGCUUUGGCUGAGGCCCCUUAUGUUCCUGGAGACCUAUCUGGCAGAGUAGCUGAAGUGAGUGAACUUCUACGAUCAAAAACAGAGCUUCUGGAUGAAGUGAAUGGGAUGGUGAUGGGUCAUGAAGCACAGCUCCAACAUUUACUCGAGGCUGCAAGACCGUCUCUACUUACCUCCACUGAAAUGCUUGAGCAGUACCUGGAGGGCAAAAUAGCUGAGGCACAGGCAAAGAUGAUGGAAGGAAUAGAGUCACGGAUACAGAAGAUCCAAGGUAUCUGUGAUAUUAAAGUACAAGAGGUUCAAAAGCAGUGUCAAGACGUAGAACAGGCAGCAGGUCAAAGAAUGCAGCAGGAAAUGGAUGGAAGAGAGGUUGCCUUGCAAAGAGAAUUGUCAAAGUUAGGCACCAGACUACAGGAACUGGGUGCACUUGAUGGCUGUUGUGGAAGGUUGGAAGACCUCAAUAGGCGCGUGGAGGAACUGGAACAUAGCCUUCACCAACUGACUGAAGAGCACCACACUAUUAGCCAGAGGGUGGAUGUGGAACUGACAAGACUUAUGGUGGAGCCUCAGAUUGGAACAAGACUCGAUGAAGUGGAAAGCAGGUUAAACUUAACUGAGGAAGGUGUGAGAAGAUGUUGCCAUGAAGGAGUGGAAAGAGGUCACUUGUUAACCGAGUUGGAUGGAGUAAGGGCUUCU